AUGCUGACUGCUCUUCAUGCAGCAAAGGAGAAGCUUUCACAAUACUAUGCUAUGACGGACGAGAUUGAUAGUGAUCUCUAUGCAAUUGGCACAAUUAUCUCUCCACAGCAGAAGCUCCAGUUCUUCCGUAGGAAGGAAUGGCAUGAUCUGAAAACGGAUUGGCAUGGACAAUAUCGCAAGAGUCUUGAAGAUUACCUUGAGGUUUACAAAUGGCGUCUUUCAGAUAUACAGUUGGUAUCCAAGGUUCAGUCGUCUGCAACUGUAAUAUUGGAACUCGAGGUCUUUUGCGAGCCAGAGGAGUCAUCUGGACUUCAUCACUCGUCUUCUAGUCAUUGUGAUGAGCUAACACAAUAUCUCAAAAGUACACUUGCAAGUCUCGCAUGGGAUGUGCUCUCGAUACCUGCGACUGGAGCGGGUGUAGAGCGGCUAUUUAACUCUACUCGAGAUGUCUGUCACUACCGUCGAGGCUCUCUUAAGCCUGAAACCAUUCAAGAUAUUAUGAUGUUUAUAUGUACAUCAAAAUUGGAGAUUGAAGAGGAUCAGCGAGUAUUAAUCAAUGCGUACCUAUCCUAUGAAGAGAUCCAAGCAGUAAAGGAGGAAAAGGAUACACAAGCAGAUGAGUUUGAGCCAAUCAGUGACAAGGAUGAGGCUGAGGAUGAGGAUCAGGAUGAGGAUGUGGUUGAGGAUUAUUAUUAUUAUUAUUAA